AUUUUAUAAAAAAAUUAAUAGAAAAUUGAGACUUAAAUCUCUAUUUACAUAAGGUGUAGCUCUAUUGAAUUAGCCAAUUUUCAAAGUAUUAAUAUUAACAUGUAGUGAAUAAUGUUACCCUUCGAAUCGAAUAUUUUUAGUUACGUCUUUUACAUUUAUAAGUUAUUGAAUAAAUCAUUUGCUUUAAACUAACUCUAAUAUGUAAAAUAAAAUCAAUGAACUAUCUCUAAAAUUAGAGAUGAAUCUAGUCUAUUUCAAUUACAAUAAUAUUUCUCAAUGAUAUAAUGCAUUUAUCUUAAUUCAACCUGUUAUAAACAUUAUUAGUAAAAUUGAAUAUUAUUGCUUUAUGUAUAAAAUGAACAUUAUGCGAAAAUUGCGUGGUAGCAGUGCUGUUUCUUCUGUAAAUAGUGAUAAUAAUACAAACUCAGAAGAUGAUUCUAGUCAACAUGCAGCUCUUGGAUUGAUGCAUUUAAAAAAACUUUUUACAGAAUAUAUCCAUACAUCACAUAUGCUUACUGAGAAAGAACGUAGUGUGAAACUUUACACAAUGAUACCUUUAUUUUGCAAAGUUUUUGGCAGAAGUCCAUGUACAGAAAUCAUUGAAAAAUUUUGUGAUAUUAAUACUUGGUGUUCAGAAAUGUCUGCUCUUAUGGUUUCUGAAAUACGAUUACGUGCUUCAAAUCAAUCAACAGACACUGCCAGUAAAGCUAUUGCAAGUUUUUUAGAAAUUGAAAAUUGCGAAGAAUCUAGCAAUGGCUGGAUGUUAUUAUCAACAUUAAAUUUAUUAGCAGCAGCCAAUCAGCCUUCUCUUAUUAAAAUUAUGGUUUCAGCUUCUUUGCCAUCAACAUUAGUUAAGUGCUUAUAUUUAUUUUUUGAUUUGCCACCAUUAGAAAAUGAAGAUAUUAAGACAGCACAAAGUGAAUUUACUCCUAAAGAACGUCGAAUUUUGUUACAAAAAAUAUUUGUUCAAAUAUUAGUUAGAUUGUGUAGUAGUUCAAUGCCAGCUGAAGAAUUAGUUACAAAAGAUGAUUUAUCAUUAUUAUUUUCUGCAAUCACUAGUUCUUGUCCACCAUUUAAUGCAGUUUGGAGAAAAUCAUCAGCUGAAGUUCUGAUUACUAUUUCUCAAUAUGGACUAACUCCAAAAGUUAUACAAUAUAUACAUAAUAAAAGAUGCAUUGAAAUGUGUAUAGAAAAUCUUAGAAAUAGUGCUGACUUAACUCCAUUAGAAAUUGUUGAUAUGUUUGUAACUAUAUCUUAUUUUCUGAAAGAUUCAUCAGAAGUGUCUCAUGUUUUACUAGAUGAUUUCAAUAAUGCAUUUGGAUACAAGUUUUUAUCAGAUUUCUUAUUAAGCUUAGAAAAUGAUGAAAGCAGUGAUGCACUUGAAGCUAUAAGAAAUUUAGUUUUGAUCAUUGCAUCUCUAUCAAUGAGUGGUUUUACUGAAUUAAAACCAGAAGAAAAUAAUACUGAUCUCACGAGUCAAAAUUCAGGAUUUAUAAUUCCACAACCAAAAGGUCCAGGACAAAGUGUUCGUAACAUCAGUGCAUUUAAUGUUCUUCAAUCAACAUUUAUUUGUUCAGAUUCUAGUGCACUUUGUUGUACUAUUCUUGAUGCAAUAUCAAAUGUGUACCAUUCAGAUGAAGCAAACUAUUUUAUACUAGGAUCACAGAAUACUUUUUCACAGUUUAUUGAACAUAUACACUUAAAAAAUCAACAGAUACAAGAAAAAUGUUUCAAAUUGCUGGAGUUCAUUGUUUUUCAUUUAAAUUUUGUACCAGUAAAAGAACUUGUUUCAAUGGCCCAAUUUUUAAAAAAAUCCAAUGAAAUUGAAUGCAUCAAAAUUUGUUUGCAAACUUUAUUAAAUGUUCUUAAAUAUAACAAUUCAUUUAAAGACGUUUUCAGAGAUAUUGGUAUAAUAGAAGAAUUAUCCAUUAAUUUAAGAAAUUAUACACAAGAUUUUGUAGCUGUAAACAAAACCAAAGAUGAGAAACAUGAUAUUGAUUUAAAACGUGUUAUAAAUCUAACAUCUGAGUGUCUUGUAAAUCUUAUGACAUCUUCACCUAAAAACUGUAAAGUUUUCAAAGAAUGUGGAGGAGCUCAAAUGUUAUAUAUUAUACUUGAGUAUACAUCUACUCGUCAAUAUGCAUUGGCUAUAUUAAGAGAAAUGAUAUUAAGUACUGGUGGAGAGGAAGAGAUGUCAACACUUUUGAGUACACUUCAUACAACAAAUCAUUCAUGUGUUUCAUUAAAAUCUAGUAUUUUGAAGUUAAUUUUAAAUUGCAUGAAAGAAAGUCACCGAACAAGGACAAUGUUUCGCAAGGUAGAUGGUUUUGUUUAUACUAUUAGUGCAUUGGUAUCGAUGGAAGGAUGUUUUUUGAAUGAAAAACGAAUUGAUCAUGAAGCAUUGAAGUUUGUCUACACAAUUUUUAAUACAAUAACUAUUGCUAUGCGGUUUGAACCAGCUAAUGCUAAAUAUUUUCAUCAAGAGAUUUGUUUAACAAGUUUAUGUGAUACAUUACGUUUACUUGGAUGUUUUUCAAAUGAAACUCAAUUAGAUGAUUAUAUUGAUAUAAUUAAUAUAACACUUGAAGAAAACAUUUUUCAUAAUAUUUUCACAUCUAACAUCACCAAUCCAAUUGAUGCAGAUCAAGUGCCUAAGUGUUUAAUAUAUGCUUGUAUAAUGAUGCGGUUGUUAUAUGAUAUUGCACUUGAUUUGUAUGAUAAACCAAACAAUACCUCUAUUGUAUCAUUCAAAUCACCAGCCCAUCGCCGAUAUAGUGAGGUUGCUACAAAACCUUUGGACUCUCAAAAUAAUAAUAGAAGAACAAUUCAACUAAAUUUAGUUCCUCCAACACCGGAACCAAUUAUAGUUCAUGCUGGUGUUGUUAUAGCUAUGUUACAACUGUUGCCAUCUAUUUACAAUCCAAAAAUACCUAAGAUGUCAUUAACAUUACAAGUAUACAUUGGAGAAAUAAUUCGUUCUCUAGUGCGUGGAGAAAAAAACCAACAGCUUCUUUGUGAUGUAGGAUUUCCUACUACUGUACUAAAAGUUGGUCGAAUAGCUCUACUAGAAGAGACACAUCCACUUCACACAGUAUUUCAGUAUAUGUUUGAGCGGUUAGCCAUUCAGUUAUUAGAACCAAAGGAUUUAAGAGAGUUUUUGAGACUUGGAGAACCUCUCUGCAGCGUACCUUUGGAUUUAUUAGACUGUUGGAUAAGCCAUGGAAGUAAAAAACCUGGUGGUACAGUACCCCUUAGCCGAGUUAAAACACUUGUUUCUAUGACUACUCCAAGAGAUCCCUGUAUGUUCACUUUACCACCAUUUUUUGAAAUGGAUUAUUCCUCUGAAGGCUUUGGCUGCUUAUUUUUACCUAGUAUUGCUCCGCAAUCACCAAUUAGUGGACCAUCAGUUGUUAAUGUUGCUACUCUAGUCAGUACUGAUAUGAAUGUAAUUGGUGGGAUUGGAACUGGUGAUCGUAUGUUUCCACCUCAAAGUGGAUUAAGUUAUUCUACAUGGUUAUGUGUAGAAAAAUUUUCAGAACCAAGAACAGAUCCACAUCCCGUUCGUCUUUUAACAUUAAUACGUAAUGUUCAAAAUACUAGGGAUCAUUUAGUGUGUUUAGCUAUUGUCUUAUCAGCACGAGAUAGAGCUCUCACCAUUUCUACUCAAGAGACUCCAGUAUCAAUAACUAACUCUGAUUGGGAGCCUGAAGUCAUAGGUGAUUCGUGUGCUAGAAUAUGGUAUCCUGAUCUUGUACAAGAAGGUCAAUGGCACCAUAUUGCUAUUGUUUUAAACCGAGCAGUAUUGAAAAAUUCAUCGUUUUCCUUAUACAUGGAUGGUCAACAUGUUCAUACACAAAAGCUUCAUUACAUAUCACAAAAUCCUGGUGGAGGAGCUGCAAACUUAACUACUGCAUCAUCUGUUUAUGGUUAUAUUGGUACACCACCAAUUUGGCGAAAGUAUUCUAAACUAUCUUGGAAACAAGGACCAUGUUAUUUAUUAGAAGAAGUUUUAAACCCUCAUGCUGUUAAAAUAUUAUAUCAAUUAGGUCCUCAUUAUUUUGGUAGCUUACAAGCACCAGAUAUAAAAGAUUUAGAACAUGUUGGACCUUUAGUAUCCGAAGAAAAGUUAAUUUUUGGAUUAAAUGCAAGAGCAGUAUCACAGCUAACAUUGGCAAAAAUACGAAAAAUUUAUAGUCGAGUAGAUAGUAAAUCAAUAGCUAAACAACUUGGAAUGUCAACUCAUGAAAAUGCUACACCUAUACGUAUAAUGCAUAAUACUUCAGGUCAUUUAGUUGGAUCUGCUAGAAGUUUAGGAGGUGUAAUUUUAGGCUAUUUAGGAGUUCGUACAUUUUACCCUUGUCCAGUUUUGAAAUUAGUUGAUAACAUUGGAGGCUGCUCAGUGUUGUUAGGUCUUAUUGCAAUGGCUAAAGAUAUGGAAAGUCUUUAUGCUGCAGUAAAAGCUUUGAGUGGUGUACUUCAACUGAAUAUAACAGCUAAAAAGGAAAUGGAACGCAAACAUGGAUAUCAACUUUUAGCAUUAUGUUUGCGCAGACAUAAACAUAUUUUAAAUGCUCAUAUAUUACAUAUAAUUUUGGAUUUAGUUAUAACAACUAGGAGUGUGGAAGCUCCUAGUAUCCCAGAUGCAGCUAUGUUCAACGACUUAAUUUGUGAAUUAAAUCUUUGGCAAGAAGUGCCAUCUGGUCUAUUACGAUCACUCCUUGAACAAUUAUAUGAGCUAGUAUCUGACUCAAAUGAAAAAAGAAAUAAUUUAGUUAUAUUGAGAAAUAUGGAAAUGGUUCGUAAAAUGGUGAAUUUUUUACCAAUUGUUUUCAGUUCUUCUCCAACUUCAACUACAGAAGUUCACUUUUCAUUUCUUGGAGCAUUAUUGGCAAAACAUCCUGUAACUGAAGAUCUCUUAUGUUUUGGUCAAUACAUUGUUUCAACAAUCAAUACUGGUCUGAACUCUGAAACUUCUCUUGAAGUAAAUACUUUAAUAGAACAACUAAAGAUAUCAGAGAAUAGUAUUGAAUUAACAAAUGAAGAAAAAACUAUUUCUCUUAUUUUAUUAAGAAACAGAUGUUUACAACUAAUGCAUUGUUUGUUAUAUACCAAUAAAAACGCUAUAUGUUCUGGAUUUUGUGAUGAUUUUGUUAGAAUAUUAGGAUUUGAUUGGAUUCUAUUAUUUAUGCAACCCACUAUUCAUAGUUCAUCAGUAAUUUGGGCCUAUAAAAUACUUGCUACUUUGUGUUCAGUUCCAACUUUAUUGGUAAAGUUUAGAGAAGCAACUAGUAAUGGAGGCUGGUUAUUAAAUACUGAAAUUCUUCAAAGUAAUCGUUCAAACUUAAUGCUAAACUAUCAGCUUUCUCCUAGUAUCCAAAAAAGUAAUAAAGAUAUAUUUAAUAAAGCUGAAACUUUAAACAUUCCUGGAUUUCAACAUUUAUCUUGGUUUUUACUUCAUCAUACUGUAUUACCUGAAUUAUAUUAUUUUCUCAUGGCUUUGAUGUUAGGGCAGCCAGUUAGGAUGUUACCUAAUGAUAAAAAUCUCAAUUUAGAUGGUAUUUGGAAUUUUAUGUUUGGCUUACCAUUAAGCCAAUCAUUGUCAGCAGUCAGUGAUAAAAUUACACUAUGUCCAGAAGCAGUUUCAGCUAUUUUGUUUACUGUAAGGUUGAUUUUAAAUCAAGAUAAUAGAGAAGUCAAAUAUGAAGACUGGUUAGAAGAACAUCCAGUAAUUAUAAUUCAAUUUCUUUUUUAUCUUUAUCACAAUCUUCCUGAUUGGAUGCCAGCAUUUAUGACUUCUGAUAUUUUACACCCAUUAAGUGCUACUCUUUUUCCCUUUUCAAAUUCAAAUUUAAGUGAACCGACCUCACCAAAUGAUGAUUGUUUCCUCAAAACACCUGAAGGAUCACCAUCACCAACAAUAGUAAAGGAGCAACAGUCAUUAACCUUGCACCCAUCAAGAAAAUUUGUUAUAGAUUUUUUAAGAGUUAUAAUAGUUGACUCAUUAUUGUUACCAAUCAAUAGUAAAUCAUUACCACCAUUGGAUUUAGUUCUUGAUGCUUCACCUGAAGGUGCAACAUCAUCUCAAGUGUCUAAAUAUCAAACUGAAGUUUUAUCAACUCUAAUGGAUCAUCUAUUAGCAGCUGAUAUAAUGAUUGGAGAACAAGCAGCAGUUUCUUCUAUUCCUGGUGGUAGUACACAAAAUAUUCCUCAAAAUGUAUGCUAUUUAACUUGUCGCAUAGUAGAUAAACUUUGGCAAGGUGUUUUGAUAAAAGACCCUCAUGAAGUUUUUGAUUUUAUUAUGAAACUGAUUGUGCAAGCAAAACGAAGACCUUGUUCUGUCUCAAUGGAAGGAUUUUAUCACUGUUUAAAUAGAACAACAUUGUUUUUGCUGUCAAGAAAUACAGAUUCAAUUGCUUCUCAGAUGCCUGUUUUGGAAGCUUUACACAAAUUAACUACAAACAGAACAUUGGUAUUUGGAUCUGGAAAUCAUGAAUUGGAUUUCAUUGGAUGUCUUAUUUAUUGCUUAUUACAGUUGACUUCUGAUAUGAAGAUAAUAUUGGAUACUAAUGCAAAAACUACAUGGCAUAUAAAUCCUAGUCAAACUGUAGAAGUUGAAGAACAAACUACUAAACAAGGACAAAAUUUGAUGGCAGUAGCAGCAAAACGAGUUUGGGAAGAGUUAUAUAUUUCAAAAAAACCAGCCAUUGAAGAGGUAUUCAAAAUUCCUCUACCAAAGGGGCUUAACAAUAAAGCUCCCGACUUACAUUCUGUUCGUGAACUGAUCUAUGAAACAGCUCAAAAACAUUGGUUAACAUAUAUUGAUAUGGAAAAAAGAUCUUUAUACAAAAUGCCUUGGGAGUUACAAACUCAAAUACAAUCGAAAAUUCAAAAAGUUACUGGUGGCCUAACAAGAUUAGCAUCUAGAAGUAAAGUCCUUAGACGAGAUGAAAGUCGUUGGCAAAGUGGAAGUCUUUCUAGUAUUUCAAUACCUUUGUCAAGGAUUACAAAAAAUGAAUGGUUUACAUGGUUCAAUCAAAGUUUAAAUGCUAUUUGUGAACUUGUAUCUAUGCAAAUAUCACGACAAGCUCAACAUCAUUCUUUUACUACACGUUAUAUUUUGGAUCAAUGGUAUUUGGUUGAGCAGGAAUUAACAAGAGAAAGGGGUCUUUGGGGACCAUUAACUCCUUGCAAAUUAGACAAGUGGAUAUUAGACAUGACAGAAGGUCCAUGUAGAAUGCGUAAAAAAAUGGUAAAAAAUCAUCUGUUUUAUUCUCACUAUCCUUAUCGACCAGAACUUGAAUCAGGAGACAAUAAAGGAUUAAAGUACCGUGUUGCUACAAGUUAUGAUAGUAAAGAGUUUUGCCAAAAAUUCAAAGCACCAAUAUUGCUUGAUAUGGAAAAUUUAGCACCUCAGUCAAAUGAAAAUGAACAACGUACAACAAUCGAUCAGAAUAUGUUUGAUGUUGAUAAGAAUUUGGAAGACAAUGAUUUAUCUUUUAUGGGAUUGAAACGAGUUGUUAGAAGAUCUACUUCUGAACCAGAUGAAAGUAUAGAUGAUAAUGACAUAGAAAGUGGGAGUGAAGAUCAAUUACCUCCAGAUGACAACCAUACAAUAAUUCGUCUUUUAGAGCCUAAUGAAAAAAUAAGUCAUAUGUUCAGAUGUGCUAGAAUUCAAGGUCUAGACACUUAUGAAGGGAUGCUUUUAUUUGGAAAAGAGCAUGUUUACAUUAUUGAUGGGUUCACACUUUUAAAAACUAGGGAAAUACGAGAUAUUGAUACUCUUUUACCAAAUUCAUACGAACCAUUAUUACCAAGUCCUGGUAAUGGUAGCCCAACCCGUAUACGAAUAAAAAAACAAAGUUCAAAGUUUUCUUAUGAUGAUAUAAGAGAAGUGCACAAAAGACGAUAUCUUUUGCAACCCAUUGCUUUAGAAUUAUUUUCUGCAGAUGGUCGUAAUCAUUUAUUAGCUCUUCCAAGAAAAUUAAGAAAUAAAGUAUUUAAUAGAUUUAUGAUGUACUCUACAUCAAUAGCAGAUAAUGCUCACCAAUCAGUUGCUGGCCAAAAAAGAACUGCUAAUAUUGAGCAGAGCACAAAUAUUCUGUCUAAUUUGAUGGGAGAAACAACAGUAACACAAAGAUGGGUGAGAGGUGAAAUAUCCAAUUUCCAAUACUUAAUGCAUUUAAAUACAUUAGCUGGUCGUAGUUACAAUGAUCUUAUGCAAUAUCCAGUAUUUCCUUGGAUUCUCAUUGACUAUGAAUCAGAUGUUCUUGACUUUUCAAAUCCAGCAAUUUUUAGAGAUUUUUCAAAACCAAUGGGUGCACAGUGUCCUCAAAGACUAGAACAAUUUCUUAAAAGAUAUCGUGAAUGGGAUGAUCCUCAAGGUGAAACACCACCAUAUCAUUACGGUACUCAUUAUUCAUCAGCUAUGAUUGUGUGUUCAUACUUAGUUCGUAUGGAACCAUUUACUCAACAUUUUUUAAGACUACAAGGGGGACAUUUUGAUCUAGCUGAUCGUAUGUUCAAUAGUGUUCGUGAAGCUUGGUUAUCUGCUUCAAAAACAAAUAUGGCUGACGUUAAAGAACUAGUACCAGAGUUCUUUUAUCUUCCUGAAUUUUUUGUGAAUUCGAAUAACUUUGAUUUAGGAUGUAAGCAAAACGGAGUGCAACUAAAUGAUGUAGUGUUACCUCCGUGGGCAAAAGAUGAUCCUCAUGAGUUUAUUAGAGUACAUAGAGCUGCUCUUGAAUCUGAGUAUGUAUCACAACAUCUUCAUGAAUGGAUUGAUUUAAUAUUUGGAUAUAAGCAAACUGGUCAACCAGCUGUGCAAGCUUGUAAUCUUUUUCAUCACUUGUUUUAUGAAGGAAAUGUUGAUAUAUAUAAUAUUGAUGAUCCUCUAAAAAAAAAUGCAACUAUUGGUUUUAUUAAUAAUUUUGGUCAAAUUCCUAAACAACUUUUUAAAAAACCACAUCCUAGCAAAAAGCAAUCAAAUAACAGAUCAUCAAUGCUUGAUGCUGCUAAUCCAAUUUUAAGUACAAGCAGUAGUAUACCUAUUAGUGAUAAAGUAUUCUUUUAUCACUUAGAUAAUCUUAAGCCUUCACUUCAACCAAUUAAAGAAUUAAAAGGUCCAGUUGGUCAAAUUCUUCAAGUAGAGAAAAACAUUUUAGCUGUUGAGCAAAAUAAAGCUUUAGUACCCACAACAUUUAACAAAACAGUGACAUGGGGUUUUGCUGAUCAUAGUUUAAGAUUAACUCAAUAUGAAACAGAUAAACCAAUCAUUAUUUGUGAAAGUUCAAGUCAAUCUAGUGGAGAAAUAGUGACAUGUGUAUGUCCUACAGCCAAGACUGUUAUUACGGCUGGAACUAGUACAGUUUUGACUGUUUGGGAAAUAAAUUUCAAUGAAAAAUCAUUGAAGAUUAUAGAUAACUUGUAUGGACAUACUGAUGCAGUAACUUGUCUAGCAGCAAGUGAUACUUAUAACAUAGUUGUAUCAGGCAGUAGAGAUUGUACAGCUAUUGUAUGGGAUUUAUCAACAAAAGCAUUUGUUAGACAAUUGAAAAAGCAUAAUGCUCCAGUGGCAGCUUUAGCAAUUAAUAAUUCAACUGGUCAAAUUGCAUCAUGUGCUGGAACUAUGCUUCAUCUUUAUACAAUUAAUGGUGAAGAAUUGGCAAAUGUUGAUACAAGUGUAGGACAUUCAGAUAGAAUGCAACAAAUACUUUGUGUUGCUUUUUCUCAAGCUGUUGAUUGGGACCCACAAAAUGUUAUAAUUACUGGAUCAUCUGAUGGUGUAGUUAGAAUGUGGUCGAUGGAGUAUGUCCAAGUUCCAAAAAUUCCUUUAGAAAAACUAUCUAAUGAAUUAUCAACAGAAAAUGUAGAAGAAAAAAUUAAAAAUUCGAAUGGAAAAGGUAUUUUAAAAGUACAGCCUAUUAGUAUCCAAAGGCUUGUAAAACAAAUGAGUGUGUCAUCAGAAACAAUAAAUGAACAAGGAUUUGUAGUAAAAAGUGGAUCAGAUAGUAGUUUAUCUGAGUUUGAACCAAAAACACCCACUAAAAAAAUAGAAGUAGAAAAAAAUAUUUUUGUUGAUAACCUCAACUCUUCACCACCAGUACCUAUGAUGAGGAAAAAAAAAGCAUUAAGAUCCAAUCCAUUACUUCGAAAAUCUGAAUGUAAUCCAUCAAGUUCAACUGAUGAACAAUGUACCUUACUAGAUGCAUUAUCUGUCAAUGAUUCAGUUUUAAGACUAAGUAAAAGUGAAACAAAUCUCAUUGAAUCUUAUGUUAUUGUUGAUCAAGAUGAUGUAAAUCAAAAAUCUAAUCAAACUGGUCCUUUACAUAAGCUAAGAGAUGGAUUUCAAUGGCAGCGGCAAUUAGUAUUUCGUAGUAAGUUAACUAUGCACACAGCGUAUGAUCGCAAAGAUAAUGCAGAACCAGCUUCCAUAACAUGUAUAUCAAUAUCUAAGGAUCAUCGAACUUUAUAUAUUGGUGAUGCAAGAGGAAGAGUAUUUACAUGGAAUGUAGCAGAACAACCUGGAAAAGGGGUUGCUGAUCAUUGGCUUAAAGAUGAAGGUUCAGAACAAUGUAAUUUAUGUGAAGUUCGAUUUUCAUUAUAUGAAAGACGUCACCAUUGUAGAAAUUGUGGCCAGUUAUUUUGUUCAAAAUGUAGCAAGUAUGAAUCAGAAAUAUCUAGGUUACGAAUUUUGAAGCCUGUUAGAGUAUGCAAACCAUGCCAUACUUCGCUACAAUCUUCUAAAUAUAAUUAGUUCCUAGUUAAUAAAUUAUAAUAAUUUUAAUUAGAUUUGUUGAUAACUUCCUAAUGUUCUUGUAAAAUCAGUAUUGAGAUAUAUAUAAGAAUACAAUGAUGGGUAUUUUUAUUAUAUUUAAAUAGUUACUAGAACACUUUUAAUUUAAUAUAAUUGUGAGCUUUAGAAAUUAAAUAGUUUCAAGUCAUAAUUAUUGAUUAAUACAGAACAUAAUUAAUCAAAUAUCUUACUACAAAAAAUAUUAAUAUUUUUAUUACCUAACAAUUUUCUAGUCUGUGCAGAAGCUUUAUUUUUAAUGAAAUGGUUUUAAAAAACAAUAACUUGUCAGUAAGUGAUAAUUUUAUUCCAUAUUGACAAUAAAAUUUUUGUUUUUAAUAUAAAUAUUUUAUAAUAUUCUAUAAAUAAUGAUAUUUUAGUAUUUUAAAUUAGAGGCAUCAUGAACAUAUGUCUUUUCCUCCUCCGAAUUUUCAGUAAUAUUAAUGUAUAAAUCUGAAAAAAAUUAGGUAUAAACCUUCUUUCAAAAUUAUUUCUUACUACAGUAAUGUUAAAUGGGCAUACAUGAGGAGUUGUACAACAUGCUACAGUUAAAUAUUUUACAGAUUUCGUCACUUCAUUUUCUUGAACAAUUAUUUUGUGUAAAAAUACUUGUAAACUUCUUAGUAGUGUUGUGGACUAAUGCAAGUAAAAUGAUAAUAAAUAUUUAACUGCCCCAAGUUAAUCUAUUGGAUGGUAUUGGUUUAUUUGAAAAGCACUAGUGUUAUUCUAUUUCAUUUGUCAUUACCAUAAUAAAUAAGUUAUUUAUUAAUUAAUAGUAAGAAAAAACUGCAUUAUAAUUUAUAUUUAUAUCAUUGUUUAAAUUUUGAACUUUACUUUCAGUAUUAUAUCAUUUGUUGAUUUUUUCAGUAUUUUUGUAUUGUGAUUUAUACAUUUAUUUAUUAUAAUUUUUUUUUAUUCUAAUCAUAUGAUUUGUCAAAAAAACCAAUAACAUUUAAUAAUA